AUGGACAUGGACAUGGGAGGAAUGGACAUGAGCGGCGGCGACGACACCGGAGCCGCAUGCGUCAUCUCGAUGCUUUGGAACUGGAACACCAUCGAUGCCUGCUUCCUCGCCAGAAGCUGGCACAUUCGCUCGCGCGGGAUGUUCGCAGGCUCCUGCAUCGGCGUGAUCUGCCUCGUGAUCGUCCUCGAGUUCCUGCGCCGCAUCGCCCGCGAGUACGACGCCUUCAUCAUCCACCGCGCCCAGAUGCGCGCGCAGUACCUUGCCCCCGCGCAAGCUCAGUCCUUAACCCCAGCCUCACACUCAGAUAGCGCCGCCGCCAGCGACAAUGGAGCCGAUACCCAGAUCCAGAAACCCAACGCCACGGCUGCCACUGCGCCAGCAGACGCAGCGCCCUUCCGCGUCCGGCCGAGCCUCAUCGAGCAGUUCGUCCGUGCGCUGCUGCAUAUGCUGCAGUUUGCCGUUGCGUACUUUGUCAUGUUGCUGGCCAUGUAUUUUAAUGGGUACAUCAUCAUCUGUAUUUUCAUCGGCGCGUUCCUGGGCUCGUUUAUCUUUUCGUGGGAGUAUAUUGGGGGUGGGGUGAAGGAGAAUGAUGCGACGGCCGUUACCAAAUGCUGUGGUUGA